UGGCUACAAAAUAGAACGUUUCUAGACGCAAAGAGCAUAUUGCAGAUUAGGCAUAGGUGCAAAAGCAUACACAUAAAGAAAUUGACUGGUCCACUUCCUUAUGCAUGACCCAAUCAGAUUUCUUGUGCGCUUUGCAAAUUUGUCUGGAUAGACUCUUAACCGUUUCAUGACUACUGGGACGCACGAAUCUCUCUCACUUACUCCAAACUCUUUUGCCUCUGGGUUGCUCGAGAAGCCGGUGUCCCAGCAAAGUCGAGAACGAGAAAUAAUUCGGCCGCGGAAGGGUCAAAGAGACCGACGUGAAAAUCUUUCGCCUAGCGUCUUAUUAUCCACCGUUAAAGAUACCCCUUGAAUUUUAUUUUUAUAAUUUGAUAUCUUGGCGAGCCACGGAAAUGACGCAAUCGAUUCCCGAUCGGCGAACGAAAGUCCUGAGUUUCUCGCGGUUCUCCGUUGUAGCUUAAGCCUGAUCUACAACGCGCUCUUUGCGUUUAGAAACAUUCUAUUUUAUUUCAACAAAUCAAAACGCUCAAAAAACAUUGUCGAUACAAUAUACGUUUGUACGAUGUACAAUUUUUCAACGUGCACGUAUUUUCUGGCUACAAAAUAGAAUAUCUCCAGACGCAAAGAGCACGUUGUAGAUCAGGCUUUACGGGGUCGAACGGCACACGCGCGUGCCUCUCCGUUCUUCAGCGUCUCUCCGUGAGACGCGGUCCGCUCGAGGAUUAUUCUCGUGCGCGCGCGCAUCGCAGAGUGGACCUCUCAAUCGCGCGCCGCACGCAUCAACGCCUCAUCGCGCCUAAUUUUACCGUAACACCGCCGGUAUUCGGUAAAGCCUCGUGUCCGCGGUCCAAGAACCGUGUCCAAGUUCUAGUUCCGAGAAACGCGUAGCCAAUCAACUUGCAUCUUUUACGGAAAAGUUGCGAGUUGAUUGGCUACGCGUUUCUCGGGACUAGAACUUGGACACGGUUCUUGGAUCGCGGACGCAAGGCUUAACAGGUGGAAUAACUCGCGGCUUGAUAAUCCAAUUUACAUCGCGCUUCCGGUGUCGCCAGGUCGCGCUCGGCGUAGCUCGUUAGCCCUUUCGCCGCGGCGUAUUAAAUUCGCCUUUCUCGCGGUUACGGCUAAGCGAGACGGCUAAUUCGCCUUACGAUUAUCGCCGCGACGCGACGUGGCACGCGGCUCCGCGCGCUUUUCGUGCUUGUACGUGCCCGCCGCGGAAAAUGGACGAUGUUACGAAUUAAUGCGGUCGGCAAAGAGUUACGCGAUCGAUCGUUCGUUCCUCGAUUCUCCGGAAGAGACACCGACGUGUCUCCGAGUUAUCGCGAAGACUUCUCGAUCCGCGACGAACGUAAAGAAAUAGAAAGCAAACACGAGGUGACGAUUCUAGGAGGGCUAAACGAAUUCUCCGUUAAGUUCUACGGGCCACGAGGGACGCCCUACGAGGGUGGAAUAUGGAAAGUGAGGGUUCAUCUACCGGAGCACUACCCUUUCAAAUCACCUUCGAUCGGUUUCAUGAACAAGGUCUACCAUCCCAACAUUGACGAAGUCUCGGGCACGGUGUGUCUAGACGUUAUAAACCAGGCUUGGACUGCCCUUUACGACUUGUCAAAUAUUUUCGAGUCUUUCCUGCCUCAGUUGUUAACAUAUCCCAAUCCAAUCGAUCCAUUGAACGGCGACGCCGCCGCGAUGUAUCUUCACAAACCCGAGGAGUACAAGAAGAAAGUGGCGGAUUACGUGAGGAAGUACGCGACGGAGGAGGCGCUGAGGGACCAGGAGAAUGGCGGCACCGGCAACGGGAUGUCCUCCGACAGCGAGUCGUCGAUGAGCGACUUCAGCGAGGACGAGGCGCAGGACAUGGAGUUGUAACCAAAUAUAUUACCAUCCGCGCGUACCCAUAUCCUUAAUCAUCUCGAUUCCCUGUAAGAUCCCCCGAUCGCUCGUCCUACUACCAAAUAGAUGCUUACACCCGAGACUCCGAGCCUCACUUCUGGUGACGGCGACGAGAUCCCCUUUAUCACUCGUCGCUGCUCUCGUCGCCCGUCGUCCGUCGCCCGUACAUAUGCAGAGGGGUGGUGAUCGACCAUCCCCCGGCACGGCGAGAGUGAAAGUGACGGAGACGAACGAGGUAAAAACGGAGAAUCGCGCUCUCCUCACCGAGCGCAUCCCGAGGGGCGUUUUCUAUCACGACGGCGAUGUCUCUCACGGUCGUCCAAGCUCUUGCUUCAAUUAAUUCGUUAAUUGUUCGCUACGUUUAAUUGCUACAAUCACGACGACGACGACGACGACGACGACGACGACGACGACGACGACGAUGACGACGAGAAUAAUUAUGGCGUGUCCAACAAACGACGCACGAAAUACGCAAUCUCUGUCAACGUCUCGAGGUUCCAUGCUUUCACUUUUCAGUGCAAACAAGAGAAAAGGGUGUGAGACAGAGAGACAAAGAGAGAGGAUCAUCGUUGGCGUUCAAGGAUCAUCCGUCGAUCCAUUUUCGAAAUUAUGUCCCCCGACGAUUCUAGCAUCGAUCGAUGAUGCUUGCGUACACGUACAAUCUGCGUAACUUCUUUGUAAUUAAACAGCAAAACAAUAACGUACGUGCGACGGAUAGAGCUACACCUGAUGUAUUCGCCCGAUCACGUUUCCCCCGGUUUUUGCGACAUUCUCUCGCCCUUGUUCGUUCUUUCUUCCGAGCGCCCGCGGGCGCGUUCGUCGUUGUGAUACUCGAAAGCACGUGAUCGAGAUCGAAGCAGCACGCGGGGAGACGCGCCACGAGAAAUUUUAACGACCAAUUGUCCAAUCUGGCACGCUAGCGAGCGCAUCGUCUCCACCAACUAACGACUCCUUUGCUGCUAUCUUAGACUGUGUUAGCAUCUAUUUAGCAUCUAAUUACUCUUUACAUUCAAAAUCGCUAUCAAUCGUUAUUCAUUCUCAUGUUUUAAAUUUAAAGAAUACGCCAUAAAUAUCGUUUAGUUUAAAAAGGGGGGAAGCAAACGGGCUCGUUUCUUCGCGGUACAGCUUUUUUUUCCCCCCUCGCAGCCGGUUGAUCGUAAAAUCAGUGCGCAAUGUGACGCGUGAGUUUUAGGUUUCUUUUGUUUUAAACAACAGUGAGACACGCAAAAAUGUGAUGGAGUAUGGGUACUAGCACCGUCUUCCUUUUUCCUGCCAUCACCAUUCCCAAACGUUUCCCCCGUAGGGCUGCGCAUCAGCGACCGAUCGCCACGUCGUCGUCGGCGGCGGGGAAAAGAUUGAAUCUGCCACAAAAACGGCCGCACGCGAACGACGCCGGGACGACGCAGCUGCUGUCCAAGACUUCGCGAUUGCGGAACCACCUCGGGAGCAUGAGUGCAAACGAGACUCUCUGAAUACGUUUCGAACUACCCCGGCGUCCUGUUUCGAACUGUGCGCAUCGGUCGGGCGUGAGCGCGGAAGAGACGCAAGCAACCGAAGCUACAGGACUUGGUCGCCGUGUGUCCAACCCUCGAAAGUGAAUGUAGAUUUAGUUGAUCCCGGUGGGUACGGAUCGGACGCGAUUUAACACUCGCUCGCGGAAAAUUUUAAGUCAAUUUGUACUAUUUUAAUCUCAUUGUUAUUCGACUCAUUAUAGAUUUCAUUAUAUAGAUUAUUGUUAUUAAGAGGAGGACGUAUAUUAAAUUGAAUUGGUUUGUUACAAUGUUUGAGAGAUGCUUUGCUUUUCUAGAAGUAAAACUGGAAAUAUCCUUGCGUUUAAGAGAGAAUAACUACCCUCCCCAACUUAAUUCAUCGUUACUUCCAUCCGCCAAUGCAGUGUUUUUAAGUUUAUUUUGAAUAUUAGAGCUAAAGAAAAUAAAAUCAAAGGACUCAGGGAAUUUCCGUUUGAGAAAAACAAAAAAAACUGUGGUUGUAUCACAUCGCUGAAUAAAGCAAGACACAAAUUCGAAUAGACAGCAGAGAUGGAAAGCGCGAGGAAAGGAUUAAAUUUAUUUUUAUGAUUAACGAUAUAUAUAUAUCAGCGAGUUUAAAUUUUCAAAAAGAACCAAGUAGAAUAGAAUUGUUUGGCAAAGUGUAGGAAAAUUGUAAAUUUAUAUAAUAUAAAAUUGUACAAACUUUGGUGCACAAUAAUCUGCGAUCAAUAGUAUCUCGUUUCAAAUUGAUCUCCCUCCUUUGCAUGAUUUACAUGUAUGCAAUGCGAUUUAUAGCUGUACGUAAGUAUAAACGUUAUAUUUCAGUGCCUUCUCAGGCAGAAAAGUGUGCCUUAUUAUAUGGGUCUCCCGUAAACAAUUUCGUUUAUGAAUAUAUGAGUGAAUACGACGACCAUUUAGCGUUAACGGACCUUUGAAUGAAAUUCAUUGUGCUUACAGCAUUGCAAAUUAAUACCGAAUGCGUUUUUACAAAAACUAGAGAUAGAGCCGUCGAAUGCAGUUACCAGGCUUCGUUAUCAUUUCGCGGUGAUAAUUGAGAAAUGUACGUCAACGGAAAAGACAGAGAUAUGAGGAAAGCGCGUGAAAAAACAUUUUGCUGAUAAACUUGGUUGUCCGUCUUGGGAAUUUUCAGAAUAGAUACUUGAAUUGACACUAGCAGUAUCGUAAUGUAGCCGUAACUACAUUGUGUGGGCGCAUCGGUAGUAAACGCGGCAAAUGCAGAAAUCAAAUUCAGUAUGUAAAUAGCGAGAGAAAAGUUACGAUUUUUUUCCCCCUAGCCAAUAUACCGUACAUUUGUACGAUUUCGUUGCGCAAACUUUUGCAGUCGCAACUUUUAUUUACUUCGCCGAUAAAGCUUAUCCACGUUUUGAAUGUAUUACGCAACAGCUGCGCUCGCUUUUUCCUUCGUUUUUUUUAAACAAUGUUACGUUCUACGCAACGAGAACCGACAUAUAAUUUAUACGGAUAUUCGCGCUUUACGUUAUUACGUUAUUAUUUAAGACGAACUUUCGUGGACACGGCCUGUUUCCCAGCGAAUCCGUUCCGUUGGCGACGUGUACUGCAAUGCGUUUACCGUUUCGAGAAUCGCUGUUAAGACUGAGCAAGAUCAGAGUAUGGUUUCCGUAUAAAUUAUGAGAAAAAAAAAGAAAACAGUAUCGUUUUCGUGUUACUCUUCCAAUUCGUGCAAUUAUGUAAAGCGACACGUUUCAAAGUUCGUCACAAUUCGUUGCUCUUCGACAUAUUUUUCAUAGCAUUCGUCCGUUCGUAAUAUUGGCUCCGAUAUUGUCAUAAUAUUUUAGUGCUUUUGAGACCUCGGUGUGCAAUCGACAAAGUAUGAGCUAUGCGUCACUCGGAUAUACGUCGAGACAAAUGUACAAUUUGUUCAGCAUAAAUACUUAGAGUUAUCUCAGCCGUACUUAUUUAGACAAAAAGAAAACGAAAAGGGAAAUUCCGCUACUCUUUCAUUCGCACUGUAUCUCUCUCACAGGAACGCGCGUCUUUUCUACUUUAUUUUUGUAAGUUAGCACAGUAUGUAGCUUUAACGCGUCUAAUGUCUCGUCGGCACUGUACUUUUUAGGCUUCGUUCAUUCAGAACCAAAAAUCAUACAUAGAAUGUGCGUUUCCCGUAGAACCGUGUCGAUUGAGUUUAAAGUCGUGCUCUCAGAUCUCACAUCGUUGCUAAUUAUAUAUGUAACAUAUAGAAUUAUUGACUAGUUAUAUGCAUAAAAAAAAAUAUAUAUAUAUAUUAUCGAUCAUAUUCGCAUAACUUUAUAUUAACUAUUAUGUAUAUGGUUUUACUAACGAAUUGUUUAAUUAAGCGAAAAAGAAUAGUUUUAAUAAUCAUUUUUUAUAUAUUUUUUUUGCAAGUGUUGUUUGUUCCUCCUGUCAACUGAAUAACUUAACCGCGUCUCCGUUUCGACCAUUGGGAUUGUUUCAGUAUUCGCCCCAUUCGCCGUGCGCGCUCAUGUUAUGACGAAGAUGAAAAAUUUUCCGCAGCACAUGUAAAUUGAUAUUGGAUUGUCGGAUUAAUGCUUAGAUUAAUGUUAACUAAUAUUUCGUUUUAUAAUGCGAAGAUCCAUUGCCUCUAUUGUGUUCAAAUCUUUUUGUAACAUUGAAUAACGUCUAAAGGCAUAUUUUUAUACAUGUAUUGCAAUGAUAUAAUAUAGCGAUAGUUGCAUGUUCUUUAUCCUAUGUCAGACUUCAUCGCCAUUUAAUUUUCCCCUCUGUGAUCAUAAAUAAUGAAUAAUCAAUUAUUUUUAUAAUCGUGAGCAGCCUGUAGAACGAUUAGAGUCUCGUGUAUAAGAUGCAGCGCUUAUGUCGUUCCUUUAAUUCCGUAAGAUACGUCGAAUGUUUUCCGAGUAAUUGUACAUUUAAAGGAUGCAAAGGAGUCGUUACGUAACACGAAGAAACAUAUAAUUUAUAUCGUGAUAAUAAAUUGUAAGCCUUAGAGACCUUGAAACGAGAGAAUUUGAAACUACGAUUAUUGUGAUCGAUUGGUUCUUUGCAUAUUCUGUGUUCUUAGCGUCCCACCGUAAGUCCUAUUAUUCGCGAACACUGUAAGUAUAUUUAUCGGAUGACAAUUCCGAUAUACAAUUGAGAGAAAGAGAGUAGGUCGGCGACAGGCGAUGCCACGUGUUUGCCAAAGUUAUGUCAACAAUAUGUGAUCGAAGGGCGAGGGAUUCGUUUUAUCCGAUUCAGUUUGAUCAAAGGCAUAUACACAUAUCCACACACACACACACACACACACACAUACACACGCGCGCGCGCGCGCACAUUCUAGACGAAGCUAUUAAUUUCGCGCCACGGAAUACAGCGUGUACGGUCCACGAUUUUUGCGAGAAUCAUAUGCGGAGUUGUAGCUCCAAACGUACAAAGAGGGAGGAGAAGAAAAGGCGGAGGCGCUCGAACGUCGGAGCCAGGAGGGCCGAGAUUUUCAUUGUACGGAACUUAAUUCUGUCGUGUAAUGUUCUUUGAACGUCGAAAUAGGGAGAUAGAAGUCGGUAGAGCGGUCAUUAUCAACGAGGUUCUUUAAAUAGCAGGCUGUUGCCCGUUCAGGAUUCCAGCACGUGACGCGAAUUAAGGAGAUAAUGAACAGCUGCUAUUCCUGUUCCGCCGGCGGAGCACGUAUCCUGAUUUGACAUCUUGUUUUUCUCGCGCGGUAAAGCUGAAUUAGAUAAUCGAGAGGGGGGGGAAAAGACGUAAGAAAGAAAGAAAAAACUCUCCACCUUCAGAUAUUUUAAUCGGGACUGGGAGACAGCAAUAUUUUUGCUACUCGUUCGUAAUUAUAUAUCAUCGAUGUUAGCGAAGCGCGCCGGCGAGCGGUGCGCGUUUGCAAUAAUGGUUGAUUAACAAAGUUGUAAUAAGAAGGAUACAAUCGUUAAUGUCGAUCGUACGAUCGAAACUAGUCGCCCGACAACGACGAUGCAGUUGCGCUUGCGGUAUACGCAUUUUCCGAUGUACUUUUGGCAAAUUUCAUUUCACCACCUCGAUCCGUUUCACGCUAACUUAGCCAGCCGAAAAAAAAAGAAAAACGGACGACAGGCCCACUUUAAUCUCCCGACUUAGAUCCAGCGAUAACAAUGACCUAGCCGUAUGCAUAUUUGCAAACUGGAGUGCGAACGCCGACAUUGUCGCGGGACGAUGGCGAUUGAACGAUCGAAAUGAAGCACGCGACUGCCUCUGGCGUUUACACAUCUGGCAAUUUAAAUGCGUUUCCACCCGCUGUUCCGCAGCGCGUCCGGGAAUGUAAUUAACGAAACUGAAGAAGCUGUUAAUUUCACGUGGCGCUCUGUUACUCUUGCUUUGGGCAAUGUCGGCGUUCGCGGCGCAAUGAACGGACCCUUUCGCGUUGUAUUAUUACUGCUUUACAUUACUCAUCGAUUGUGCGAGAACGUACCUAAACCGUUUCCACGUAGAUAAGCGAGACUCGUUUUCUACCGCGUCUGAGAUAAACAAGUGAUCCACAAGCAAAAUUGUAAGCGCGAGAAGAAAAGAAACGAAAUACAAAUGUAAGUGCAAUUUGUUGACGCGAGAGGAGAGCGUGUUCUCUCGAACGAAAGGUUUACGCUCGCUUAUGCAUCUGGAAAUGAUAAGGAUUUCAUAUUUCGACUAUAUGGCGAUAGAGAGGCUGAGAGAGUUGAAGGGGGAAGCAUAAUGCUGUAAGGAAGAGAGGCACCUUCUUGGCGGCCCGCACCGCGAUGUGCGUUUGCACGGUUUUUAAUUACUCGAGUGAAAAUUGGAAAAAAGAUGAUAGAAUCUUGUCGUGGAAAUUAUAUUAUAAAUGCGAGAAAAAUCCGGGAGGACUCGAUUAACCCGACAAUUGAGUGGCUAACUUGGAACUUAUUUAUACAUUUAUCGCUCAAAAGUGAAAUUAUAUUUGAUUUGUUAGAAGCGACCUAUCCGAUGUAUAUCUCAGCCAGACAUUUUAUCACGAUUACCGCGAGUAUCGCUUUUAUUUAACACAACAAACUUGGAAGAAACAACCGCUAAUUAGGGAACAAAACGUCGCUUGGUGCGUGCUGCGAAGAAAUUAGAAGAUUGAAGGGCUCGGGCAACGCGCCCGCGAUCCUUCAGUCGAACCGCUUUUACGCAGUGAAACGGAUUCUUUCGAUAAUAGAUUUCGAUAUCGCUGGUAGACCCUUUUCGAACGUAACACAUGUAGCGACGUAUAAAAUGCUAAGGAGUUGUACUAACUCUCUCGUGGACGACGAUCGUCAUUAACUCUGCAGUAACGUUACGUUUUCCCCCAGUGGUUCCUAGUCACUGCCAUACUUAUUGACGACGAUAUCGUGAAGAGCGUGACCGGAGAGCUGCUAAAGGAAAUUCUUGCCGAACAAUACAUUGAAAAGAAAAAGAAAACUAAGUACACCUCGUAAUGUGUUCGAGUUAUUAGCUGCUAAAAGCUCUCGAGAAAAAUUGGCACAAAGACUGCUGUACUGCAGGGUUUACGGGGAAUCGACGAGAUAUCCGUUAAUUAACAUUGGCAAAGUAAAGCUUUAUAAACUAACGUAGUGAUGAUGAUAAUGAUGACGAUAAAGUUCGGAACACUCGUUCGGAGGAUUUGUUCGGGAACCGUUUCUAUGUUCCAUGUACAAUCGUGAAGAUCGAAUUAUUGGUGUCUGUAGAGGUACAUAUAUUUUCUUACGGUAUAUGGUAAUUAGCUGCGCUGCUUCGGCUCGUGGAGGACCCGUUAUCCUUGAAUUGGUCAACGAUAAAACGAAGAAUACGCGAGCGGGAUGUUUUAAAUGGUCGCAUUAACGUGUCGUUAAAUAAUGUAUAAUAAAACCGUUUUACCGGGGCGUAUUUCAUUCUGCAGCACUCAUUGUCAGUCGUCUCGGCGUACUGUCGAACGCUUUGUGAAAUUCAUAUUAGCAUUCGUAACGAGUUGGAAUAAUUCAAGCGGAAGUGCGUAAUGCAUUUCUUUAUCAAAACUCAGAUGCAUACAAAGCAGAUUAAUUGUAAACUAAAGUAUUUAGACGAAAUAUGAUACGCGAUUAAGUAAGACGCUUAAAGAAUUAAUUUUAUCUUUAGCAUUUUCGAUAUUAGAAAAGUUUUCUUUUUCAAUUAAUGGCAUAUUAAGAAAUCAUUAUUUUUGGAAGUCUUGAUAUUAGUAACAGGUGAUGGGAUUCGUGUGAUUUCUACUACGACGCGAUUGUAUCGUGUGUAACAGCUCUAAUUAGUAGCGUAGGUCCAACUUUACCGAGGAAUAGAAAAAGUGAUAUAAUUUUUGGACUUACGCGCCACGCAGAUUCAGAAAAAUAAUUCUAAAGGGCGAAUUUAAGGGAACGGGCGCCUCACUACAGCUAGAUGUAAAGUUUCCUUAGGUACCUAUUGUUUCAAUGUAUGAAUCGUCUAUGUAAGAUGCUGGUACUGUUAGCAAAAAGAAGAAAAAAAAAGAUGUGUCAACGACAAAUAUGCCGAGAGAAAAGAAUUAAUCUCGAAUAAUCCGGCCUCUUUCCAAAAGACAAGAAAAAAAGCAAACAAAGAAAACGAAAACGGAGGUUGCGAGACAGAAAUAAUUCGACGAUCUGGCGUGUCUUUUACAGACAGAUUUCCCGAAUCUGACCAAUCACACAGAACGUCUUUCUAGUUAGCACGUGAUGACGAUGAUUACGAACUUGCUGAAUCCACGUUUUCAUGGUUCAUGAACACAAUAAAACAAUGACAAACAAUGAACAUUACGCUAUUACAAAUAUUUAUUAUAAAUAAGAUAUAACAAAUAUAAAUAUAAAUAUAUAUAUAUAUUAUAUUGAAUUAACGAUGAUUGAACAAGAUGCAAUUUUUUGGUACAAUAAAACGAAAAGAACCAA